AUGACGUCACAGGGAGGUGGGAGCGCGCUAUUCUCUGGGAUGCGCGUGCUCGGGCUUUACGCGAAUCACGUGCCGCACGCGCUCCGUUUCCACCGUAAACACCGGGAGUUCUACGUGACGGCGUCGGUGGGUCGCAGCCUGCACACGUACAACGUCAGCCGCCUCGGGAUCGUGGCCGUCAGUAACAGUCUGUCAGAGGACAUCUCAUGUUUGGCCGCAGACCGCUUGUUGGUUUUCGCCGCCGCUGGACGUGAGAUCAGCGCCUUCGCCAGGAACAAAGAGGUGGUCCACUGUUACCGUGGACACCAACAGGAAGUGCGCCUGUUACUUCCUCUGGGCGAUCAGCUGAUCUCUGCAGACGCUGGCGGUGAUGUCAUCGUGUGGGACGUGCAGAGCGAAGAGAUGUAUCUGCGUCUACACUUUGACCCGGCUGCGUUUGACCCGUCUGCCAUGAUGCACCCGAGCACCUACCUCAACAAGGUCCUCAUCGGGUCCAGACAAGGACCACUGCAGCUGUGGAAUAUCAAGACCAGUCAGAUGCUUUUCUCGUUUCCCGGAUGGAGCAGUGGUGUCUGUGUUCUGGAGCAGAGUCCCGCGGUGGACGUGGUGGGUGUCGGCACGGCAACGGGACGCAUCAUCAUCCACAACCUACGACUGGACGAGACGCUGAUGAGCUUCAGCCAGGACUGGGGACCAAUCACAGCGCUCGCCUUCAGGACAGAUGGCGCCCCUGUGCUGGCCUCUUGCUCGCCCCAGGGCCACAUUGCAUUCUGGGACCUGGAGAAACAGCAGAUAAUGUCACAGCUGAGCCACGCCCACCACGGGGCUGUUGCCGCGGCAACGUUUGUGCACGGCGAGCCCCUGCUCAUCACCAACGGCGGUGACAACGCUCUGAGGGCUUGGCUUAUGGAGGAGGGCGGGGCCAGGCUGUUGCGCUGUCGCCAUGGACACAGCGCCCCGCCCACUGCCAUCCGUCACCACGGCAACGACGGCAAGAACAUCCUCAGUGCAGGUCUGGAUGGAACUCUUCAGUCCUUCUCCACGGUUCACGAGCGCUUCAACAAAAACCUGGGCCACGGGUCAAUAAACAAAAAGAAAGAAAAGAAGAAGAAACACGGUUUGAAACACGAGGAGCUGCGUCUGCCGCCGAUCACAGCCUUCUGCUCCGCCUCCUCGCGGCAGGCGGACUGGGACUCUGUGGUGUCCUGUCAUCGCGGCCGUAGCUCUGUCUGCACCUGGAACUAUCAGCGCUGCACAGUCGGGAGUCACCACCUGAGGGCGCCAGACUGCAGCCGGGAGAGCGAGGCCACGGCCGUUGACAUCACUUCCUGUGGACACUUUGCUGUGAUUGGUUCGUCGUGCGGCCGAGUGGACGUGUUUAACCUCCAGUCGGGUUUGCACCGCGGCGGCUUCAGAGAAGGAGAGCGAAGCCACAGCGGCGCAGUGAGGGGCGUGGCCACGGACCUCCUGAAUCAGCUGAUUGUCUCCGCCGGCUCUGAUUGGCUGCUUCGCUUCUGGAGAUUCAAAUCAAAGAAACUGGAAAAUGAACUACAUCUCCCAUCAGCCCCCAGUGCUUUGAAGCUGCACCGUGAGAGUGGGAUGCUUGCGUUGGCUCUGGAUGAUUUCUCGUUGUUAGUGGUCGACAUGGAGACGAGGCGCGUUGUCAGGAAGUUCAGCGGUCAUCAUGGCAACGUCAAUGACAUGACCUUCAGUCCGGACUCUCGGUGGCUCGUCUCCGUCUCCAUGGAUUGCACCGUCCGCACCUGGGACCUGCCGUCUGGGAGUCUGGUGGACUGCUUCCUGGUGGAGGCGGCGCCGGUGGGCGUGUCCUUGUCACCAACUGGAGACUUUCUGGCGACGACUCACGUGGACUCACUCGGAGUGUUUCUAUGGACCAAUCGCAGCCUGUGUGCUCCGGUCGGACUCCGCCCCCUGCCCUCAGACUUCCAGCCAACCAAUCAGACACUGCCAUGCGCUGAACAGGAAGAGGAAGUGAUGUCAGCGGAGGAUGAGGAGACAUAUGUGUCACGUGACCAGCUGGGGGCGGAGCUUGUGACGCUUAGUCUGAUGCCCGAGUCAAGAUGGCGGACACUGCUGCACCUGGACCAGAUCAAGAAGCGGAACAAGCCCCUGGCUCCGCCCACUGCUCCGGCAGCACCGUUUUUCUUACCCACAAUCCCCGGCCUCACGCCUCAGUUUACUGUUCCCGCAGCAACGGACGCCGACUCCACGUCCAAGCUGGUCACAUGGGGAGCUCUGGCGCAGAGGUCGGAGUUCAGCCGAGCACUGGACGUCGCUAUGACGACAGGAGACUUCUCUCUUCCUGAUUCGCUGCUGAGGAAAAGUGGGCCGUCCCUCGUCUCCGUGGAGAUUUCUGAGCUCACGGCCGAAGGGGGCGUGGCCUUCCUGCAGAUGAUUGACAGCAUGCUGCGCAAGGGGCGGGACUUUGACCUAGCGCAUGGAUACCUCGCACUCUUCCUAAAGACUCACCUGAGGACGGUGUCACGUGACCCCGUUGCUAUGGAGACUUUGCUUCGCCUUUCAGCUCAUCUGGAACAGGUGUGGGCGGAGCUUCGGGCCUCGUUCGACCAAUCGCUGUGUCUGCUGUCAUACGCCAAGAGCGCCCUGCUGUAG